AUGCACCUCCAAGCUCAUGGUCUUGUCUUUUUUUUUGGGGGGGUUCCCUCAGGCUCUGGGCGCGGGGAGGCCGGGACUCGUGAGUGCGUCUACUACAACGCCAACUGGGAACUGGAGCGCACGAACCAGAGCGGCCGUGAGCGCUGUGAGGGCGAGCAGGACAAAAGGCUGCACUGCUACGCCUCCUGGCGCAACAGCUCGGGCACCAUCGAGCUGGUGAAGAAGGGCUGCUGGCUGGACGACUUCAACUGCUAUGACAGGCAGGAGUGCGUGGCCACCGAGGAGAACCCGCAAGUCUACUUCUGCUGCUGCGAGGGUAACUUCUGCAACGAGCGCUUCACCCACCUGCCCGAGCCCGGCGGCCCCGAAGUCACCUACGAGCCACCCCCGACAGCCCCGGCCCUGCUGACCGUGCUGGCCUACUCGCUGCUGCCCGUCGGGGGCCUCGCCCUGCUCCUCGCGCUGGCCUUCUGGAUGUACCGCCAGCGCAAGCCCCCCUACGGCCACGUGGACGUCCACGAGGACUCGGCACCCCCGCCCCCGUCCCCUCUGGUGGGCCUGAAGCCACUGCAGCUGCUGGAGGUCAGAGCCCGGGGCCGCUUCGGCUGCGUGUGGAAGGCCCAGCUCAUGAACGACUUCGUCGCCGUGAAGAUCUUCCCUCUCCAGGACAAGCAGUCGUGGCAGAGCGAGCGCGAGAUCUUCAGCACGCCUGGCAUGAAACACGAGAACCUGCUGCAGUUCAUCGCUGCCGAGAAGCGAGGCUCCAACCUGGAGGUGGAACUGUGGCUCAUCACUGCCUUCCAUGACAAGGGUUCGCUCACCGAUUACCUGAAAGGAAAUAUCAUCAGCUGGAACGAGCUGUGUCACGUGGCGGAGACGAUGUCACGUGGCCUCUCGUACCUGCACGAGGACGUGCCCUGGUGUCGUGGCGAGGGCUACAAACCCUCCAUCGCCCACAGGGACUUCAAGAGCAAGAACGUGCUGCUAAAGAGCGACCUGACUGCGGUGCUGGCCGACUUUGGCCUGGCCGUCCGCUUUGAGCCCGGCAAGCCUCCAGGGGACACUCAUGGGCAGGUGGGCACCAGGCGGUACCUGGCUCCUGAGGUGCUGGAAGGCGCCAUCAACUUCCAGAGGGAUGCAUUCCUGCGCAUCGACAUGUACGCCAUGGGCCUGGUGCUGUGGGAGCUGGUGUCGCGGUGCACAGCGGCUGACGGACCCGUGGAUGAAUACAUGCUGCCCUUCGAGGAGGAGAUUGGCCAGCACCCUUCACUGGAAGAACUGCAGGAUGUGGUUGUCCAUAAGAAGAUGAGGCCCGCCAUUAAGGAGCAUUGGCUGAAGCAUCCGGGCCUGGCCCAGCUCUGCGUGACGAUCGAGGAAUGCUGGGAUCAUGACUCGGAGGCGCGCCUGUCGGCAGGCUGUGUGGAAGAACGGGUAAACUUGAUCCGAAGAUCUGUCAAUGCCACUCCCUCGGACUGCCUCGUCUCCCUGGUGACCUCCCUCACCAAUGUGGACCUGCUCCCUAAAGAGCCUAGCAUCUGAGACCCCCGGGGCUGUGAAGAAGCUUCCUGCCAGCCUGCCCACCUGCCACUGACACGCAGCGUGGGACCUGAGGAAACGAGGGGAAACACAGAAACAAGCCAACACUGAGUGGAUGUUUUGUGUUUCUUUGGAGGGGGAGAAAAAAAAAAGCCCCUAAAACCAAGAAACCCAUACAAAUGCAGCUGCUAUUUUACUAGACUUUU